AAACUAAAAUCUCAUCUACAGUCUAGUGACGGGCUUUCAUCGAAACACUCUGUCUCGAAGUAGAAGCAAAAAAUAAAAUGUCCAAGACAUCGUUGGUGAUUUUCUUAUGCCUAGCUGCAUUAGUGGGCCUAGCGAAGUGUGACCCAACAGCAACAACAACAAGCGCCACUGACACAGAGACAACAACAUAUGAACCCCAUAAGCGUGGCUACAUCAUUGGCAACAAUGUACCCCACUUGGAACCGGGUUGCGAAUACAAAUUCAAGUGCAAGGUUAAACUCCAGAAUGCCGAAAUACCCAAACCAUGUCUGAAAACUUGCGUCGAAAGUUGGAUCUGCAACAAACAGAAGAAAACCAUUCGCAAGGGAUUCUAUUGCGUGGAAUUCAAUGAGGAGCUCGUUGCCGAAGAAUACAAAGCCGAGAAAGAGGCUCAACACGUUAAGGCCAGUCCGGUGGCAAUGAUCGAUUUCCCCUGCCAACCUGGUUAUUUGCCCGAUAGUCGUGGUCGUUGUCGUGAAGUCUGGUAAAUCGAUUUAAUAAAUAUUUUUAAGUUUGUGGAAAAUGUGAUUUGAUUUGAACACCGAAUAUAUUUAUAUGUUUUUAAGACUAAAAA